AUGUCUCCAAUUCUUAUCGUUGGCGCGACUCGAGGUCUCGGAGCCUCUCUGACCAAGCAGUAUGCCGCGAAUUCCGGAACUACCGUCUACGGCACGACGCGUUCCAAGGCCGGGCCUGAGAAGGGCUUCCCGGAGACCGUCAAAUGGCUGCCCGAGGUCGACCUGAUGGAUUCCAAAGUCGGCGACCACUUGGUCAGUCUGCUGGGCGGGUCGAAGCCGUUGUCGGCGGUGAUCAUCACGGCGGGCUACUUCGCGACCGAAGACCUCAGUGCCGAGAAGGGCCCCAAUUGGUCUGAGGAGCAGCGCAUGUACACCACGAGCUCCAUCGCGCCCGUCUUCAUCAUCAAUGCGCUGGUGCACGCGGGACUACUUCAAAAGGGCUCCAAGAUCGUGCUCGUCUCGUCAGAGUCCGGGAGCAUCACCCUCAGACACGAAAAGGAGGGCGGCGGCAACUACGCACACCACGCGAGCAAGGCCGCGUUGAACAUGGUGGGCAAGCUGCUCAGUCUCGACCUCAAGGACAAGGGCGUCAUCGUCAGCAUCGUCCACCCAGGCUUCAUGCGGACAGAGAUGACCAAGGGCGUUGGCUUCGACAAAUUCUGGGAUGACGGAGGUGCCGUUACCCCCGACGAGGCGGCCGAGAGUCUCAUUGCCUGGACGGACAAGCUUGACAUAUCCAAGACAGGCGAGUAUUGGGCGCCGAGAGGACCGGGCCAUCAACCUAGCAGGUCGACUGGCUUAACGCUCAAUCUUUCUUCCAACAACCCCUUUCGCAAUCGCGCCGCCUCCCCACUCCUCUCCGGCGCUACCUAUAGCAAUACCACCUCGCCCGCUUCGCCUUUUGACGACCCUCCUCCUCGACCCGUCUCGCGCAAUCCUUUCCUCGAUCCAUCAUAUUCGUCUAGUCAACCAAAUCUGAUCGGACCUGGAAGCAUGGCACCAACGCUGGACCCCAAGGCCUCGUCGCCUACCGCCGAGGAGCUUUUCGAUGGCCUCAACAUUAACGAUAAGAAGCCAGCGCGCCCCGACGGAGGCCGACCCCCGACGAACCGUCCUCCCGGCCCUCCUGGUCCUGGGCGUCGCGGUCCCCCGCCUCCGGGUCAUCGCCCCUCGAGAUCCCAGGAAGAGGCAAUGAGACAGCGAAGAAUGCAAGGCGGCGGCAGCGUCAGUGGCGGUCCUCCCCGACCGCCUGGAGCCCCCAGCUCCCCCCAGCGCAGGCCCCAGGAACGUCGCCCACGCCGUAACUCGGACUCUUCGCUCCUGAUCGAUAUCGAGAAGCCGCUCACCGACGAGGAAAAGAAGGCCAAAGAAGCCAGACGCCGAGAGAGAGAGCGCCGCGCACGGGAAGGAAAGGAUAAGGACCCUAAGAAGCCCAGCCGCAAGAUUGAUAUCAUCGAUCAGUUGGACGCCACUAGUAUCUACGGCACUGGUUUGUUCCAUCACGAUGGCCCGUUUGACGCCGCGAACCCUCAUCGUAACCGAAAGGGCAGCCGACGCGCCCCCAUGCAAGCUUUCGCCAAGGACUCUCUGAACAUGUCUCUGGGAGGAGCCGGCCCCCUCAACAAGCGCCCGGAUCACGCCACCUUCAUGGGCAACAACGACGGCGACGCUUCUGCGGACUUCGCUACCGCUGCGAAGGACCCGUACACGCAGCUCAAGGAGCAGCCGGCGGUGUUCGAUCCUCGUGCUCGCAGCUCCAUUCUCCACGGAGAAGAGAGCAUGGGUCUCGGUACCUCGACUUUCCUCGAGGGAACUCCUGCUGCGCGCUCGGCCAUUCAGCGCCGCGAGGCUGAGCAGGCCCAGCAGGUUGCUACUGAUGGCUUGAAGCGCAACAAGUCAAUCGCACAGCGCAUUCGCGGCAUGAAGCGAGAGCCGCGCGAGUAUGGACCUUCUGGCCGCAUGACAAACCCUGAAGGUGCUUACCACUCUCGAAGGUCGCCCGACAGCGCCGGUCCCUCGACGAGCAUCUCGUACACGGGCGAGCGAAACCCCUUCUUUUCCGAGUACGGAAAGGAGCCCGAGAGCAUCUCGGUUCGACGCACCGACAACGGUGCCACCUCGCCUGGAACCCCUCCACCAGUUCCCGGUCCUCGCCGAGGAUCUGCCAAUGGUCUUGAGCGCCGCGCCACAGCCGACCUCAAGUCGCCAACUGACGAGGCACCCAGCAAGCCGUCUGGAGGUUUCAUGUCUAGAGUCAAGAGUCUGAAGGGAGGACGAAGGCGCCAGGCCUCCGAUGCGAUGGCUCCUCCAGCCCCUGGAACUGCCGCUUAG